CCGGGUGCUGCGGUUCCGAGUGCCUGCGCGCCUCCUCUGUCAACACACCAUGGCGGACGCCUUUGUCGGCACCUGGAAGCUAGUGGACAGCAAGAAUUUUGAUGACUACAUGAAGUCACUCGGUGUGGGCUUUGCCACCAGACAGGUGGCUAGCAUGACCAAGCCUACCACAAUCAUUGAGAAAAACGGGGAUACUAUAGUCAUAAAGACACACAGCACCUUCAAGAAUACAGAGAUCAGCUUUCAGCUGGGAGUGCCGUUCGACGAGGUAACAGCAGAUGACAGGAAGGUCAAGUCGACAGUGACGCUGGAUGGGGGCAAACUUGUCCAUGUGCAGAAGUGGGACGGGCAAGAGACUACGCUCACAAGGGAGCUGUGUGAUGGGAAACUCAUCCUGACACUCACCCACGGCAGUGUGGUGAGCACCCGAACUUACGAGAAGGAGGCGUGACGCUGCUGCGCCGUGGCGGACUGUUCCUCUGCCAACCGGCUACCCUCGACCCAGCACCACGUGCCUCACUUUUUCCCUCUGGUGUUUUGUAUAAAUACACUUUGGCUGGGAUGCUUCUGGAGAUGGGGCACCAGCCUGAAUCCCAGUUCCCAUUGUGUAUGGCUUUAUUUUUUAAAACUGUAUCCACAGGGUGCUCCAAGGUCAAUAAAGCAGAGCCAAGCCCCCCCACCCCCA